ACUGGACCGAUCGAUCGUCAUAGCCAAGUGCUGGUGCUUGAAUCGACACAUUAUUGUUGUCCGUCUCUCGCUCCCCUUCUCGACCACGACAUCUACCUAUCCAGACAUGGCUCUCCGCGCCCCUCUCGGCCUCUCACGGCGGGCAUUGCCUGCUCAGAUCACAAAGUAUGCUGCCUCUCAGCAACAGUCCAUGGCGACCGUCGUCCCACCCGUCACCCAGGACAAUACUGGCUCAAAGGGUCCUACCGCCAUGGUCUUCAUGAACAUGGGCGGUCCUUCGACCACCGCUGAGGUCGGCGACUUCCUCAGCAGGCUUUUCGCAGACGGUGACUUGAUUCCUCUCGGCAGACUGCAGAACUACCUCGGCCCUCUGAUCUCCAAGCGUCGCACCCCCAAAAUCCAGAAGCAAUACGCCGCAAUUGGUGGUGGCUCUCCCAUUCGCAAAUGGUCUGAAUACCAGAGCUCCGAGAUGUGCAAGAUCCUCGACAAGAUUUCGCCCGAGACCGCCCCUCACAAACCUUAUGUCGCUUUCCGCUACGCCGCCCCUUUGACCGAGGAAAUGUAUCAGACACUGUUCGACGACGGCUUCGGCAACGGAAGAGGAGGCAGAGCUGUCGCAUUCACCCAAUAUCCCCAGUAUUCGUGCAGCACCACCGGAAGCUCUCUGAACGAGCUCUGGAAAUGGCGCCAAAGACUCGAGACUAAGCGUGCUGGUAAUGAGGUUGAUGAGGCUGGCGCAAUCACCUGGAGUGUCAUUGAUCGCUGGCCUACACACGCCGGUCUUGUCGAAGCUUUUGCUCAGAACAUCGAAGCAAAGUUGCUCGAGUACCCCGAGGAAACAAGAAAGGACGUCGUCCUGCUCUUCUCGGCUCAUUCAUUGCCCAUGAGCGUUGUCAAUAGAGGUGAUCCCUACCCAGCUGAGGUGGCUGCCACUGUCUACGCCGUCCAACAACGCCUGGGCUUCAAGAACGCUCAUCGUCUGGUUUGGCAGUCUCAGGUCGGUCCUUCCGCCUGGUUGGGAGCUCAGACGAGCGACACUGUGACCAACUUUGUGAAGAGAGGUCAGAAGGAUCUCAUCCUCAUUCCCAUCGCCUUCACUUCGGAUCACAUCGAGACACUCUUCGAAGUCGACCAGGAGAUCAUUCACGAGGCCAAUGAGUUGGGUGCUGAAGGUCGUGUCAAGAGAGCAGAUUCCUUGAACGGCAGUCCUGUCUUCAUUCAAGGCUUGGCUGAGCUCGCAAGGGAUCAUCUGGCAAGCGGCAGUGUUGGCAGCAAACAAUUGGGUUUGAGAUGUCCUGGAUGCACCAGUCAGAAGUGUCUGGAGACCAAGAAGUUCUUCAUGAAGCAAGAGGCAUUGCUAUGAGUAGGCUCGACGCAAUCGGAAACAUGUAACACUAGGAAAAGCACUUUAAUAUAUACCCAGUCUAGGAAUAUUCUCGGUUCUUUUGACGUAAAUUGUUGUUCAC